AUGUCUGAGAAGCUUGCAGACGAGAUGCCACCCGAGCCGACGAAGCCUGUUGAUGCUUCGAAGGAGAACUCUGACGCCCAAAGCAAAGACAUCGAUGCUGGUUUCCAGGGUGGUGUCGCCGCUGCCGAGGCUACCACUCUGGCCUGGCCAAAGACGCACCUGAUUAUGGCCUAUGUUAUUAUCUGGUUCAUCUAUUUUGUCGCCUCGACCGAGGAGGUCGUCGUGCGCUCCCUGACGCCAUUCGUGACGUCUUCGUUCGGCAAGCACUCUUUGACGGCCACCACCAACAUCAUGUCCAGCAUGAUUGCCAGUCUUUCGAAACUCCCGCUCGCCAAGAUUCUCGACACUUGGGGCCGUCCCCAGGGUCUCGCGCUCUCGCUCUUCCUCUGGGUCAUCGGCUUCAUCAUGAUGGCGGCGUGCAAGAACGUCGAGACAUACGCGGCUGCGCAGGUCUUCUCCCUUACGGGUGCCCAAGCCGUCAGCUACUGUAUCACCAUCUUCGUUGCCGAUACUUCUACUCUGAAGAAUCGUCCUCUCAUGCUUGCCUUCGCCACAUCCCCUUACAUCGUCACAACUUGGAUCGGCGGUCCUAUCGCCGACAGCGUGAUUGCGGGCCCUGGCUGGCGAUGGGGAUUUGGUAUCUGGGCCAUUGUCACGCCCGUCGUCGUUGUCCCUCUCAUUGUGCUCUUCCUUCUCAGUCAGCGACGUGCCAAAAAGGCCGGCCUCCUCGAUCAUAUCGAAAAGAAACCCGCAACGCUCAAGAGCGUUUAUGAUUACUGCAUCGAGGUCGAUCUGUUGGGCAUCAUCCUUCUCGCUGCCGGCAUGGCUCUCACGCUGCUGCCUUUCACCCUCUAUUCUCAGCAGAACAAGUCGUGGGGGUCGCCCAUGAUUAUUUCCAUGCUUGUCAUCGGCCCUAUCCUCCUCAUCAGCUUCGUCCUCUAUGAAGCGUUCCUGGCGCCCAUAAAAUUCAUUCCCAUGCCCCUACUCGCUGACCGAACUGUCUUCUUCGGUGGCAUGAUGUUCUUCUUCCUAUUCAUCAACUCGUCUGUAUGGGGAAGCUACUUCACCUCCAUGCUUAUCGUGGUUUGGGACCAAGGUGUCACAAAGGCAACCUACAUCAGCAACAUCUACCGUGUUGGUUCCUGCUUCGCUGCCAUCUUCAUCGGUUAUUUCAUCAAGUUGAGCAACAGGUUCAAGUGGGUCGCGACAAUUUAUGGCCUCCCACUUAUGCUUCUCGGUGUUGGUCUCCUCAUCCACUUCCGCAUGGCCUCCCAGAGCAUCGGCUACGUCGUGAUGACGCAAAUCUUCAUCGCGUUUGCCGGUGGGCCGAUCGUUGUCGCUGGCGAGAUGGCCAUGAUGGCGCCUCUCAGCCACCAGUACGUUGCCGUUAUCAUUGCUAUGCUGGAUCUGUUCUCUGGCAUGGGCACGGCCAUCGGUUCAACCAUCGCAACUGCCGUGUGGUCGAGCCACUUCAAGUCCAAUCUCGAAAAGUAUACUCCCCCGGGUACCCCGGUUGAUAGCAUCUACGGCAGUAUGUACACCCAAUUGGCGUACAGGGUCGGCAACCCUAUCAGGACGGGAAUCAAUGAUGCGUAUGCCGACACCCAGCGCCUUAUGUCUAUUGUCAGUACGGCCGCCGUAGCGGCUUCCUGGGCAAUGGCCUGGAUCUGGCGUGACAUCAAGCUCAGCGACGUCAAGCAGGUCAAGGGAACCGUGUUUUAA